AUGGAUAAGAGCUCUCUUCAGGAGGCAUCCUCCCCCACCGUUGUCUACAGUAACUCCGACGAUCAUGUCUCAGAAGACGAAAGCUCUCCCCAGACUGAGAACGUCCAAGACCUCAAGGCCCAAGUUGCCUUUCUCCGGGACCAACUGGAGAUUCUUCAUGGAAAAGCUUCGCUCGAAAUCGAGUUGCAAAUGAAGAUGCUUACGGCCGGGGCCAAGGGCUGGUCAGACUUUGAUUUCGAGGUGUUGGGGAAUAUGAUCCGUCAGGUUAUGUAUCGCAUAAAGCAUUGGUGCCAACAGCAUGUCCGGCAAGGUCUGCCCGAUACCGCUGAACUAUCUGGCCUGGAAAAGCAAGCCAUCAUUCGUAGUCUAGAGGGCUAUUGGGUUCAAGAUGUGGAAUGGGAUACACUGAGGAAGUCUCUUCCUUACCCUCUCUCUAACAUCGUGGAAAAGUUCUUUGUCAACCCAUUUUGGUACCUCGAGGGAGAAGAAUUCAAUCAGCAGGAUAAGGCGACGGGCUCUGUCUCAUGUGCACAGAAUCUGCAACAUCUGUACCAACGAUUCUUGGAAACAAACGGCAUCAGAGCCACCAUCUGGAAAAAGGAAACUGUUCGUCUCUCAAAUUCGGUUAUGCUAACCCAAGCACCCAAUCUCGAGCUUGGUCGGCAGACAAAGGAAUAUCGCACAAAGGCUGUCGCUUUGUUCGCCUCCACCCUACUUUCCGACCCUUUUUUCCAGAGAUUACUAGAAAGUGUGGAUUGCGAGGAAGCGAAGGAGCGAGAGAACAGUCUUAUACGUAUAUGCCAAUUUGCUGAUGAGAUCGCAAUUACCCUCGGCUCCAAUCAGGGGCAUUGUCUGUAUAAGACACUGGCGAGUGUGGGAACCACCUUCGAUCCGAGAUCGAACGAAGCGACACUCCAUGAACUCUAUAAUGUCGGCGGAAAUGCUGACGAUGCCAGAUUGGCUGGCCGUCGCAUCUUAGGGAUAACCCAGCCGGUUGUAAUACUGAAGCUAAGAACUCUGAGGAGUCAAGAGAACGUGUUGAAUAAAGCCGAGCUAUUGGUGGAACAUGGUGACUACACCGAGGAAGAUCAUGUGCGAGAUCGACCAAAGCCUGCUGAAAAUCCUGAUGAAGAGGUUGAGAAGGAAGAAGACUAA